CGCACGUAUGGCUAAUCCCGCAGACCGCAGUGCUUCCCCCACAAAUAGUCAUGCCUAGAAGCUGUUUGACAAAACGCUCACCCAGAAUUAAGAGAUUGGAGUUCCUCUCAAACUCAAAGCGCUGAGAACGUCAUCGCUCCUGAAGUAUGGCGGCGGAGGGUGUGGGGUCGGGUGAAGUCGAGGCAAAGAUGGGUGAAUGAUUGGCUAUGAUUCUAGGGUUUUGAGGGAAAAGAGAAAGGGGACGACUGGAACAAGGUUACAAGGUAGACGUCGACAUUGUAGAGAGAGAGAGAGAGUGGUGCCGUCCGCUCGAUGAUGAGGGCGCUGCGAACACGACAAUCCUUGAGCCGCCGCCCUACUCCCUCCCCCUGCAGCGCUAGACCCCUCUGCUGCAAGAACCUCGUCAAAGCCCCUGAAACCAACCUCCGGCUCCGGCAAUCCAAGGGAAAAACAAGGGCAUCAAUGGAGACUGGUAUCACGUGCUAUGCACGUGGUGGCUUCCUGCCUAGAGUAUCAUCUCAGCAUUCUACAGCAGUAAUGCCCCACCCCUCCAUCUCUCCAUCCCUCAGCUCCAGGAGUUUGAAGGCAAGUUCAUUGUUUGGAGAAUCGCUGCGAACAGUGCCAAAAUCAUCGCUCAAGGUUUCAAAGACUAAGAACUACUCUUCCCUUGUGACCAGAUGUGAGAUUGGGGAUAGCCUGGAGGAGUUCCUUACAAAGGCAACCCCAGAUAAAGGACUGAUAAGGUUAAUGAUGUGCAUGGGAGAAGCACUGAGGACCAUUGCAUUCAAAGUGAGAACAGCUUCUUGUGGAGGAACAGCUUGUGUGAAUUCUUUUGGAGAUGAACAGCUUGCUGUUGACAUGCUUGCAAACAAGCUCCUGUUUGAGGCCUUGACUUAUUCGCACUUCUGCAAAUAUGCUUGCUCUGAAGAAGUCCCUGAGCUCCAAGACAUGGGAGGUCCUGUUGAAGGUGGGUUCAGUGUUGCCUUUGAUCCACUUGAUGGGUCAAGCAUUGUAGACACAAAUUUCACUGUGGGAACCAUCUUUGGGGUGUGGCCAGGGGAUAAGUUAACUGGGGUAAGAGGAAGUGAUCAAGUUGCAGCAGCCAUGGGGAUUUAUGGUCCCCGAACUACUUAUGUUCUUGCUCUUAAAGACAUCCCUGGCACCCAUGAGUUCAUCCUCCUUGACGAAGGAAAGUGGCAACAUGUUAAGGACACAACAGAAAUUGGUGAAGGCAAAUUAUUCUCGCCUGGAAAUUUGAGAGCCACAUUUGACAACCCUGACUAUAACAAGCUGAUCAACUACUAUGUAAGGGAGAAAUACACAUUGAGAUACACAGGAGGAAUGGUACCAGAUGUUAACCAGAUCAUAGUAAAAGAGAAAGGUGUCUUCACAAAUGUGACUUCCCCAUCUACCAAAGCCAAGCUCAGACUGUUAUUUGAGGUAGCUCCUUUGGGGUUCUUGAUUGAGAAAGCCGGAGGCUACAGCAGUGACGGAACCCAGUCUGUGCUGCACAAGGUGAUCAAGAAUAUUGAUGAAAGAACUCAAGUGGCUUACGGAUCGAAGAAUGAGAUUAUCCGGUUCGAAGAAACACUAUAUGGGUCUUCCAGGCUCAAGGCUGGUGUGCCUGUUGGAGCUGCUGCUUAAGUUUAAAUUCACCAUUUGUUUUUAUUGCUCUUAUUUUAAUUUUUUUUUUCUUCAUCUUCGACAAACUUGGGCUAUUGCAUAUACAAGUUUGUAUGAUAGUGCAUAUAUUAUUCUAGUUAUGGAAAGACUGGGAAUUAUGAAGUUGAAUUUGAGUAAAGGGUAGAUCAAGCAA